AUGAAAUAUGGCAAGAAUCAGUGGGCACGGAUAGCUUCUUUGCUACACCGCAAAGCCGCUAAGCAGUGUAAAGCUAGGUGGUACGAAUGGCUUGAUCCCAGUGUCAAGAAAACAGAGUGGAGCCGUGAAGAAGAUGAAAAGUUACUACACCUUGCAAAGCUUAUGCCAACUCAAUGGCGAACAAUUGCUCCGAUAGUUGGAAGGACUGCAAAUCAAUGUUUGGAACGCUAUGAAUAUCUUUUGGACAAAGCACAAAACAGAGAAGGGUUAUCCGCAGAGGAGGAUCCUAAACGCCUCCGUCCUGGCGAAAUUGAUCCAAAUCCGGAGACUAAACCUGCCCGUCCAGAUCCUGUUGAUAUGGAUGAAGAUGAAUUAGAAAUGCUUUCAGAAGCCAGAGCACGGUUAGCCAAUACACAGGGUAAAAAAGCAAAGCGUAAAGCUAGAGAACGUCAGCUCGAGAUUGCGCGAAGAAUGGCUAUGAUGCAAAAACGUCGAGAACUUCGAGCAGCUGGUCUAGGAACAUUCUUAGGGUUAGCACCGAAAACGAAGCCAUGCAUGGAUUAUAAUUCCGAAAUUCCAUUUGAGAAGCAACCUCCUAAAGGGUUUUAUGAUACUAGUGGGAAAAACCAGAAAUCAAACCUAUGGACUUUCAACGUUUAA